AUGGGACUAAUGGAUGACGAGGCGGCCUACCGCAUGCUGCGACCGCAAGACACCACCACGUUCCUCCAGAAAACGUUCUCCAAAGAGCGGCAAAUACCUCAUGGAGAAAAAGAGACAGAGGACGGAAACAUCGUCCUGAAGGAAGUGGAUCGACGCAACUUCGAGUCAAUGGUCGAAGCACUUGAGCGUGCUGAUUUCUCGGCUGCUGAAAUCGAUGAACUGCUGCAACUUCUCGGGGGGCUUCUUCACCUGUCCAAUGUCUCCUUUACAAGAGGCAAAGAUGACAGUCUGCAGCUUCAGGACCCAACGGCAGAAGAUGCCCUCGACCGCGCAGCGUCGUUGCUUGGCUUGGAGGGGAAAGGACUUGAGGAAGUGUUGAAGUGCCGCCGAAUCGUUUUGAAGGGGGAUGUUCUUUGUACCCGAAGAAACGAGCAGCAAAGCAGCAGCGUCUGCUGUUCUCUUAUCAAAUUUAUCUACAGCCGUUUGUUCGACCACAUUGUGCAGCGGUUGAAUGAGAGCGCUGCUAGGCACGUGCAGGGGCAGCAGCAUGCAAAACAGCAAAAUGAUCGCGAUAACCUGAAGUCGAUUGGGAGUAAGCAAUUUUCAUCUAACGCACGAGGGCGAAGCUCGCCACAUGCAUUCACUCCGCAUUACACCAAGUAG